AGUAUAAAUCGAUGAAAUGAAAAUAAUAUAAUGAUGAAUGGAUUUUUUAAUUGUAAUUUGCAACAGACAUAUUUCUAUCAUUAACUUUAGUUUUUCUUUUAGCAAUGGGUGAACAUAGACACGUUUGGAGAAUAGUUAUCAGAAAUUUUAUAAAUUCCCUUAAACCAAGGCAAAUCCAAGGAAAGAAUAUAGGGAAGGAUUAUAUUGGAAAUGUAUAUUAUGAAAUCCCUGCAGAUCCAAGUAAAGGAAAGAGGAAGCCUUCACGUUGGUAUGACCCACCGAAGGGCUUAGAUUUUCAAGACCCAUUACCUGCGGAGUGGGAAGCAUGGCUAAGAAUGAGAAGAAUGGAGCCACCUACAGAAGAAGAAAUAGCCAAGAAUCUUGCCAUUGCAGAAAUGAAAAAGAUAAAUGCUGCAAAGAUUGAAAAACAAAGGUUGCUAGAUGGCGGUUCUCUACCAGAACCAGUAGAAAAAGGUCAAGAGUCAUUUCCAUCUUAUUCAGAAUAUACUCCAGGGGAUCCAACUAACAAAUAUAGAAAUUGAAACAUGAACAUAAAAUGUAGUAUUUAUUUAUUGUAAAUAGUUAUUACUAAUAAAAUAUAAUUAGUUUUAAAAUA